UGGCUGGUGCUGGCACCAGUGUGUUGGGCUCAUUUGCUGAAAUGUUUCUUGCAAGGCUGGGUCAAAGGGGGACUUAGUGACAGGACCCCCAAGAACUGCCACUUUGGAAGGAACAAGCUUUGUCCCCCACCCCAUCCCCAUAGAGCUCCUUUAAUUCCUCACAGAAUAGGCAGGCAAAUCCCAGAUUAACCUGUCAGGGUGGAAAGAGGAUUAGAAAGGCAGUUCCAGAAUGCAGCAAAGGGCCCCGAGGGCUUCAAGGGUGCACCACAGCAGGACGUUCCUGUGGCAACCUCACGGAGAAGGGAAGAAGGCUUCCAAGCUCAACACAGAAAGCAAAAGGCCACCAGCAGGCCUGGAGAUGACCUGUGUGUUCAGAUAGUCAAUAAAGAGUGACAACCUGAGGGAGACAGCUCAGGAAAGGCCAGAACACAGCUGCGUGCAUGUGAGCUGCUUCUGGGGACCAGCAGGAGCGGCCAUGGAGGAAACCUACCUGCUGAAUGUUGAAGGGGUCAAAAAGAAGAUUCUGCAUGGAGGCCAAGGGGAGCUGCCAAAGUUGCAGGAUGGGAGCAAGAUCACCUUCCACUUCCAGACGCUGAAGGAUGACUUUGAGAGGACAGUGAUCGACGACAGCAGGGAAGCUGGCAUCCCCAUGGAGAUCAUCGUGGGCAAGAUGUUCAAGCUGGAGAUCUGGGAGACACUGCUCAGCUCUAUGAGAGCUGGGGAGGUGGCCGAGUUCUGGUGCGAUACCAUUCACACGGGCAUGUAUGCCCUGGUCUCCAGGGGCAUGCGGAGGAUCGCAGAGGGCCGGGACCCCCUGGAAGGGCAGAAGCACCGCUGUGGCAUGGGCAACAUGUUUGACUACCACAGCACAGGCUACCCUGACCUGGAUGAGCUGCAGCGGACGCCACAGCCUCUCAUCUUCAUCAUGGAGCUCUUUCGGGUGGAGGAGCCCUCGGCCUACAAACGUGACACCUGGGCCAUGAGCAAGGAGGAGAAGCUGGCAGCAGUGCCCGUGCUGCACAGCGAGGGCAACCGCCUCGUCCUCCGCAAGGAGUUUGCACAGGCAGCAGCCAAGUACCAGGAGGCUGUCAUCUGCCUGAGGAACCUCCAGGCCAAGGAAAAGCCGUGGGAGGAUGGCUGGCUGAAGCUGGAGCGCCUGGUGACACCGCUGGUGCUCAACUACUGCCAGUGCCAGCUGGAGCUGGGCGAGUACUAUGAGGUGCUGGAACACACAACAGAGCUCCUCCAGAAACACAACGACAAUGCUAAGGCCUAUUUCAAGCGGGCAAAGGCACACGCUGCUGUGUGGAACGAGAGGGAGGCACGGGAGGACUUCCUGCGGGUGGCACACCUCGACCCUUCCAUGGCAGCUGCUGUGAAGAAAGAGCUGAAGCAGCUGGGGGAGAGGAUGAGGAAGAAGCACGUGGAGGAUCGGAAGCGCUACCAGGGGCUCUUCCAGACGCCCCGAAGGCCACGGGCUACUGAGGAGCAGGAGAAGGAGGGCAAUGGGUCAGCCACACAGAAAGAGGGUGAGGUUGGGGUCCUAAAGACCACUGAGCACGGGAAGUAUGGUGCAGGGACUGAAGAAGCAGAAAAUCAAGGGGCUGGGCAAGCAGAACAGGGAAUGUCCAGAGCCAGGUGUGAAGGGGCAGGAGGAGAAGCAGCCCAGGAGCAGAGUGUUGGGACAAAAGUGGAAGUGAGGGAUGGGACAGGACUAGGAAAAGCAAACCUGAGCCUCUCUAAUGCAAAGCCAGGUUUCUUGGGAGCAGAAAGGGGGGCAGAAGAGGAGAACAAGAAAGAGCAGAGGGAAGAGGAGGAGAAGGAAGGAGGAGAAGAGGAGAAGGAAGGAGGAGAAGAGGAGAAGGAAGGAGGAGAAGAGGAGAAGGAAGGAGGAGAAGAGGAGAAGGAAGGAGGAGAAGAGGAGAAGGAAGGAGGAGAAGAGGAGAAGGAAGGAGGAGAAGAGGAGAAGGAAAGAAAAGGGGAGAGGGAGGAGGAAGGAAAAGGGGAGGAGGAGGAAGAGCAUAUAGUAGCAAGCCCAGCAGCAGAGAUGGAAAAGCAGGUUCUAGGACAAUGCAAGGCAGCAGGGUGGACAGGCCUUAGGCAAGAGCUUGAGGGGGAAGCCAGUGGGUCAGAGGGAGCUGGCACAGAGAGUGGGGCCAAGGCUGAGCUAGGCAGAGCCCCAGAGCCAGAGUCCCCUAGCAAGGUGCUGGGACCAUUCAAAGGGCCCCCGAAGCUGGAGGGUGAAACAUCCGGAGAGGCAGUGGAAGAGGGGAGCUGUGGAAAGCAGCAAGCAGGCAACAGUGAUGCUGAGGAAGGCAACAUCCCCUCUGUCAGCUUCACCCCUGGUGCAGUGCUCCAGGCUGGGCAUCUGGGGACAGAUGAGGAGCUGGGUGACAGAGCAGAAGUACCCCUUUUGCCCGCAGCAUCCAGGGAGGGGGGUGAUGCGUGCCCAGGGAAGAGCUGAGAACUCAGGGCUAGGACCUGGGACACAGCCAGCUCUGAGCAGGACCCAUUACCUCUCGAUGGAGACAGAGCCCCAGAGCUGGGGGCUGCAGUGACACAGAAACAAAGCUGUCCUCACCCUGCCACUGCUGAGAUCUCCAGCCCUGCUGUGCAGCCUCUCCUGCUGCCUCCCUGCCCCGACUCAUCGGCUCCAGCGCCUUUCAGCUUGGUCCUGCUGAGCUUUUCUGGCUGAGAAAUAAAAGCUCUU